CUCUCCAUCCUUGCAGGAUGUAGGCGCUGCGAUGUCGAGCCGCAGCAUCCCCGGGGCUGUAGUCAACUAGCAGCCCCCGCCCUCGCCCUCCCCCCUUCCCCUUCAAUCCUCCUUUGAAAGGGGGCAAAUUGAGCUGAGGAAGUUCCCCCGCUUCUCCGAUUCUCGACUGGAUCCGGGCCAAGCUAGAGAGAGAAAGGGGGGACCCCUAGUUCCACCACCUCUCUCUCUCUCUUCAGCCGCCGAACAGCCUUCCUGCUCCCCUGCUCAGUUUCUUCUGCUUCUGGCAUGGCCUGGUUUCCUUUGGGCAGCAGGAACAUCUUCUGUGCCAAGCUCUAAGAAGGCCUUCUUCUCUGCUUCUUCCAUGGCUUGGCCCCCUGGCUGGCUGGCCUCUAGAAAACCUUGUGGCCCCACCCCUGAGGCUCUAUAGAAUGAAUCCAGGAGAUAGCCGGGACUGAGCAGGUUUUCCAUUCUGUCUGCCAGACUAACCUAGCUCAAGUCUACUCUUCAUCUUCCACACCUCUGCCCGGUGUACUCAGCUGGGCUGCAGCUCACGUCCAACAUGGGAGACAUGGCCAACAGCUCUGUGGAUUUCUAUCCCAAAAACCAGCGGCAAGAAAUGAACCAUGCAGGUGGCUUUGGCUGCACCCUGUCGGAGCUGCGCUCCCUCAUGGAGCUGCGUGGGGCUGAAGCUCUCCAGAAAGUUCAGGAGACCUACACUGAUGUCCACGGGCUCUGCAGGAGACUCAAGACUUCCCCCACCGAAGGUCUCUCUGAUAACACAGCUGAUCUGGAAAAGAGAAGACAGAUCUAUGGACAGAACUUUAUCCCCCCAAAGAAGCCCAAGACCUUCCUGCAGUUAGUGUGGGAGGCACUUCAGGAUGUGACCCUAAUCAUUCUGGAAAUUGCUGCUAUCAUCUCUUUGGGACUAUCUUUUUAUGCUCCACCGGGUGAAGAAAGUGAAGUCUGUGGGAAUGUGUCAGGGGCUGCAGAGGAUGAGGGUGAGUCAGAAGCUGGCUGGAUUGAAGGUGCUGCCAUCCUACUGUCAGUGAUCUGCGUAGUGCUGGUCACAGCAUUCAACGACUGGAGCAAGGAGAAGCAGUUUCGAGGUCUGCAAAGCCGCAUAGAACAAGAACAGAAAUUCAAUGUCAUCCGCAAUGGGCAACUGGUCCAAAUUCCCGUGGCUGAGCUGGUGGUGGGAGACAUCGCCCAGAUCAAAUAUGGUGACCUGCUUCCUGCCGACGGAGUGCUUAUUCAGGGGAAUGAUCUCAAGAUAGAUGAGAGCUCCUUGACGGGAGAGUCAGAUCAUGUUCGCAAAUCAGGGGACAAAGAUCCCAUGUUGCUAUCAGGCACCCACGUCAUGGAAGGCUCUGGGCGGAUGGUUAUCACUGCUGUUGGAGUCAACUCACAGACUGGGAUCAUCUUUACUGUGCUGGGUGCUGGCGGGGAAGAGGAGGAAAAGAAAGAGAAAAAAGCCAAAAAACAGGAUGGGGCAGUUGCCAUGGAGAUGCAGCCCCUGAAAAGUGCCGAGGGUGGUGAGAUGGAAGAGCGGGAGAAGAAGAAGACCAGUGUGCCCAAAAAAGAGAAAUCUGUCUUGCAGGGGAAGCUCACCAAACUGGCUGUUCAAAUUGGGAAAGCAGGGCUGGUGAUGUCAGCUAUCACAGUCAUUAUCCUCGUCCUGUAUUUCAUCAUUCAAACCUUUGUUAUUGAUGGAAAGACGUGGCUGGCUGAGUGCACUCCUGUUUACGUGCAAUACUUUGUCAAGUUCUUUAUUAUCGGGGUCACCGUCCUGGUGGUGGCUGUGCCCGAAGGCUUGCCACUGGCUGUCACUAUCUCUUUAGCCUACUCUGUCAAGAAAAUGAUGAAAGACAACAACCUGGUCCGGCAUUUGGAUGCCUGUGAGACAAUGGGCAAUGCCACGGCCAUCUGCUCGGACAAGACAGGGACCCUUACCACCAAUCGCAUGACAGUUGUGCAGUCCUACAUGGGUGACACUCACUACAAGGAGAUACCUGAUCCCAGUAGCCUGACAUCCAAGACACUGGAUAUGCUGGUGCAUGCCAUUGCCAUCAACAGUGCCUAUACCACCAAGAUACUACCUCCAGAAAAAGAAGGGGGUCUGCCACGCCAGGUAGGCAAUAAGACCGAAUGUGCACUGCUGGGCUUUGUGCUUCAUCUGCGACGUGACUACCAGCCUGUCCGUGAGCACAUUCCGGAGGAGAAGCUCUACAAGGUUUACACCUUCAAUUCUGUCCGAAAAUCUAUGAGCACCGUCAUUUGCAUGCCGGAUGGUGGCUAUCGCCUCUUCAGCAAAGGCGCUUCUGAAAUUGUCCUCAGAAAGUGCACAAACGUUCUAAAUAGCAAUGGAGAGCUUCGUGCCUUCCGGCCCAGGGACCGAGAUGAAAUGGUAAAAAAAGUGAUCGAGCCCAUGGCGUGUGAUGGGCUGCGAACUAUCUGCAUAGCCUACCGUGACUUUCCAGCAGGGAAGGAGCCUGACUGGGAUAAUGAGAAUGAUAUUGUGAUAGACUUGACCUGCAUUGCUGUGGUGGGGAUUGAGGAUCCUGUGCGACCAGAGGUGCCAGAGGCCAUCCGCAAGUGCCAGCGUGCUGGCAUCACUGUCCGUAUGGUGACAGGAGACAACAUCAACACGGCUCGGGCCAUUGCUGCCAAAUGUGGCAUCAUUCAACCAGGGGAGGACUUCUUGUGUCUGGAAGGAAAGGACUUCAACCGAAGGAUCCGCAACGAGAAGGGAGAGAUAGAACAAGAACGUCUUGAUAAAAUCUGGCCAAAGCUGCGUGUUCUGGCUCGAUCAUCACCUACCGAUAAGCACACCCUGGUGAAAGGCAUCAUUGACAGCACUAUUGGGGACCAGCGCCAGGUAGUCGCUGUCACUGGGGAUGGAACGAACGAUGGACCCGCGCUCAAGAAGGCCGAUGUGGGCUUUGCCAUGGGCAUAGCAGGCACUGAUGUAGCGAAAGAGGCCUCUGACAUCAUCCUGACUGAUGACAAUUUCUCCAGCAUCGUCAAGGCGGUGAUGUGGGGUCGCAAUGUUUAUGACAGCAUCUCCAAAUUCCUGCAGUUCCAGCUCACUGUCAAUGUGGUGGCCGUCAUCGUAGCCUUCACUGGGGCCUGCAUCACCCAGGAUUCUCCUCUCAAGGCAGUACAGAUGCUAUGGGUGAACCUCAUUAUGGACACAUUUGCUUCCUUGGCCCUUGCCACCGAGCCCCCAACUGAGGCCCUGUUGCUGCGCAAGCCAUAUGGACGCAACAAACCCCUCAUUUCCCGGACCAUGAUGAAAAAUAUUUUGGGCCAUGCUGUGUACCAGCUCAUUAUCAUCUUCACUCUCCUCUUUGUAGGAGAGGUUAUAUUUGACAUCGACAAUGGCCGCAAUGCUCCCCUGCAUUCUCCGUCCUCGGAGCAUUACACCAUCAUCUUUAACACCUUUGUCAUGAUGCAGCUCUUCAAUGAGAUCAAUGCCCGCAAAAUCCAUGGAGAGCGCAAUGUCUUUGAUGGCAUUUUUGGCAACCCCAUCUUCUGCAGCAUUGUUUUGGGCACCUUUGGCAUACAGAUCGUCAUUGUGCAGUUUGGGGGAAAGCCAUUCAGCUGUUCUCCACUGAAUGCAGAGCAAUGGCUGUGGUGUCUUUUUGUGGGCUUCGGGGAACUUGUCUGGGGACAGGUCAUUGCCACCAUCCCUACCAGCCACCUUAAAUGCCUGAAGGAAGCAGGACAUGGUCCUGGUAAGGAUGAGAUCACAGAUGAGGAAAUGGCUGAGGAUGAGGAGGAAAUUGACCACGCCGAGCGGGAGCUGCGCCGUGGCCAGAUCUUGUGGUUCCGUGGCCUCAACCGCAUCCAGACCCAGAUGGAGGUAGUUAGCACCUUCAAGAGAAGCGGCUCCUUUCAGGGGGCUGUCCGACGCCGCUCUUCCGUCCUCAGUCAACUGCACGAUGUAACCAAUAUUUCUACCCCCACUCACGUAAUUCUCUCCGCCGCCAAUGCCAGCGCCGGUGCCGGGAAAACUGUACCAGUUCUUCCUUGCCUACUUGAAAAGAGUUAUUUCUCAUUUUUUUGGCACAACAAUGAAAGAUCCACAAAGAUCCGCGUAGUGAAAGCGUUCCGUAGUUCACUCUAUGAAGGGCUGGAGAAGCCAGAUACCAAGACCUCCAUCCAUAAUUUCAUGACAACGCCUGAGUUCUUGAUCAACGACUACAUCCACAACAUUCCUCUCAUUGACGAUACAGACGUGGAGGAGAGUGAGGGUCCCCUAAGACAGCACUUCAGGGCCAGCCCCCCACCAUCUCCCAACAAGAACAACAAUGCCAUUGACAGUGGCAUCUACCUUAGCACCGAUGUCAGCAAGACACCUACCUCCUCAUGCAGCCCAGUUAGCCCACUCCACAGCAUGGAAACCUCCCUCUAACACAACCCUAACAUGCAGCCAGUUGAAUUGACUUUGUUCACAACAGAGGUGUCCAUUUCCUCCUUCUAGGAGGUAGGCUAGCUAAGGAAGGAUGAAACCCGACAGGAGAUGACCCUUCACCUCUUGACUCAGUGGAGUGGAAAAGGACAAGGUUUUUGCCAUUGGAUGGCUCAGACAACCAGAGACAUGCUGACUUGAUGCAAGGAAAACAAACCACAGAGGGGGAAAACAGUUUUCUUACUCGAGAGAUUUGGGCUGAGUCCCAGAGAGUGUACAGGAAAACCACCCAUUUCUCUAAUCUGUUCUUUGGGGUAUUUUUGGACGCAACCACACUCACCAAACCCACAAUGAUCCUGCAAUUGAGAGGUUGCUUUGAUUUUUCUUGUGGGACCUCUUUUUUCUCCUCUCCCCCCAAUAUUUAAAAAAGAAACUAUAUUUACACCAGAAAAAGGAACAAAAACAAAACAAAAAAAGAAAAAAAGAGGAAUAAUCUACACA